GUCGCGUGCUUCAACAUUUCCUGGCUCCUACCUCGUGGCGCAUCGUGCAUCCUCUACUCACGCAUCCAGCAGCCUGCCACGCAGUCCUCGCAAUGAAGACGAAGCCUGCAUUCCGGCCACCCGGCGAUGGAGCGCCACCGGAAAUCGACUUUCGUGCAACGGUCGUCGUGUUUCGCCACCCCGCCUACCCAAAUGCCGCCCCUCCGCUGUUGCAACUUGGCGCUUGGGACGAGGAUGAAGAUGGAAACAGCGGCCUCGAUUACGACACGGCACUCGUGGCGUGUGGCAUCAUUGCGAACAACGCCUUCGCUUCUGGCAGGCUGGCCGUAAAAAGCGACGGCACGUUUCAGACCGUACCUCGUCCCCCGAAUAAUCUUUUGCGCGCGCCAACGUACUACUUCUGCAUUGGAGACAAUGACCCGAGUUCGAACAAGUAUCCUGUUGUUCCGUCCUUCGACCACUGGCGAUUCUCGCCCACGCUCCCGUCGCCGUGGGACAGCCUCCAGAUAGCGCCCUUUGCGGGAGUUGCCGGUGUGGGCCCUGCGGACGUGGUCCGCUGUCGUGAUGUGACAUGCCGCAUCUCUGGGCACGAAAAUUCCCGCGAGGCAGCGCACAUCAUACCGAUCGCAGAUGGAUAUUGGUUCCAGGCCAACCGCAUGUCCAGGUACUGCCGAAACCCAAGCGUUGUUCACCAUGUCAUGGAUGACAAAAACAUCCUCCUUCUCCGGUCCGACCUUCAUUCCAUUUUCGACGCAAGACGCUUCACCUUUACCGCCAAGUUUGGCGUCAACCCCACCUCAGCCUCCUCUCCAACAGGUUCGGGUUCGGCUGUUACCCUCGUCCUGCACGUGCUGCGGCCCGGUCUCUCCAGCGAGCUCGUGCACUUGUACCACAACAGACAGCUGCAGCCGGUUCGUGGCCUCGCGCCCGAGUUCCUGUUCGCGCGCUUUGCCUGGUCGCUGUUCACAGACGAAUUAUAUCCAUUUUUUAGUGGCAUGUCACUCUACAACGUACUGCUUUACAACAGAGACACGAUGGAGCUAGAGGAGGACAGUCUACCAGGGCACGCCAUCCACGCGAAAAUGAGGGUAUUUCCGACCUACACCACCACCGGGAGUAAAAGCCCUAGAAAGCGACCACGUGACGAGGCGCCCGGGGAGGGCGUUUCCAGCGGCGACGACGAGGACACGUCUAGCGAUGAGGAUGAGGUGGAUCCGAGACCAGCUAGGGGAGCGCGACCCCUGACUGCCGCAGACCUGUACAAAGAGGAGAGGCGCUUACUAUAUGGGGACGACGCGGUGUCCUCCGACGAGGAGGACAGACGGGGCCGGACCAUGAAGCGCAGGUUUGAGGACUUUGAGUCGCCGCCCCCCGGCUUGGGUGCCUCCUUUAGGACGGCGUCAGAGGCCAGCAUGUCGACGGCGCCGUUCGGAGUCACGCACGAGGCAGCGGCCGCAGCGGCCGGCUUGGGAAAUGCAACCUGCUUGCAGAAGGACGGCGUCCAUGGGCGAGAGGGCAAGAGGCAGCGCGCUCUGGAGGGAGGGAGAGGAUCCCCGGACAGGCUGAGCGAGAACUAAAGUACCAAAACUCCUUGCGGGUGAAGUCUGCGCAUUGGGCCCGGAAUCUUGCAGGAAAGUCGUCGACGGCAGGGGUCGGCGGCCAGAGGCCACCGCAUGCCGGCGUCGGGUGCUAUCCUGACGACUUGGGGCGAUGUCGUCACAUACUCACCUCGAACAGAUAGUGAGGCCGCCGCCAGCGGGAGCGUGGAGGUCAUGACAUCGCAAGCAGUCUUCUGCCAGGUUAGACUAACCGUCAUUAGGAUAGCGAGAGGUCAAGAGUAGGAGGAGUUUGUUCAGCGAAACUCGACGUGCACCAAAACCCAGCCGACACCGCCUACCGGACGGAGCGAAGCGAGGGGAGGUAGGUAGGUGGAGGGUUAUAUAUAAAAAGUCGUAAUCGGAUUUGCCUGAUCGAAGCGAUUGAAGCGAUUGAAGCGAUUAAAGCGAUUAAAGCGAUUAAAGCGA